AUGGUACGGGGAGGCAUCGCCGGAGUCGAGACUGCGGUGGUGGUUGCGGUGGCGGGAUUGGUGGUGAUUACCCCUCUGCUGUUGGUGGAUGGCGGGGAGACCGCGAGAGAGUUCAUCGAAGGGCUUUUCGGGCCGAUCGGUCUUCUUUUCGUUCCCGUUACCUUGCUCAUCUUCAUCCAAUUCCUGUCGUCUAAUCCGGGGGUUCAAUUCUCCCGAUUCUUAUCAGGUUCGCCAGAUGUUCUGUCCCAAAUCAAUGGCCCGUCCACUGGAAUUGUGCUUGUUCUGUUCAUCGUUCUUCUUCUUCUUUACACUCGUGUUUUUGGGGGCGGCGAUUCUGAUGAUUAG